CGGCUGAGCACGUGACCCGGGGCAGCCGGAUUUCCGGUUCCCGGGGCUACGGGGCGGAAGUGAAGGGAAAUGCAAUCUCUGUGUUCGACGUUAGUCGCUGACUUCGCUGCUAACGUUCUGUUAUGAGUUGCUAAAAUCAUGGUGAAAUGUUGCUCGGCCAUUGGAUGUGCUUCCCGCUGUUUGCCAAAUUCCAAGUUAAAAGGACUGACAUUUCAUGUAUUCCCCACAGAUGAAAACGUCAAAAGAAAAUGGGUAUUAGCAAUGAAAAGACUUGAUGUGAAUGCUGCAGGCAUUUGGGAGCCUAAAAAAGGAGACGUGUUGUGUUCAAGGCACUUUAAGAAGACAGAUUUUGACAGAAGUGCUCCAAAUAUUAAACUGAAACCUGGAGUCAUACCUUCUAUCUUUGAUUCCCCAUCUCACUUUCAGGGGAAAAGAGAAAAACUUCAUUGUAGAAAAAACUUUACCCUCAAAACCCUUCCAGUCACAAACCACAAUCAUCAGCUUGUUGGUGCUUCCUCAUGUACUGAAGAAUUCCAAUCCCAGUUCAUUUUUGAACAUAGCUACAGUGUAAUGGACAGUCCAAAGAAACUUAAGCAUAAAUUAGAUCAUGUGAUCAGCGAGCUAGAGGAUACCAAGAAAAGUCUGCGGAAUGUUUUAGACCGAGAAAAACGUUUCCGAAAAUCAUUGAGGAAGACAAUCAGGGAAUUAAAAGAUGAAUGUCUCAUCAGCCAAGAAACAGCAAAUAGACUGGAAGCUUUCUGUUGGGAGUGUUGUCAGGAGAGCAUAGAAAGAGACUAUAUUUCAUGAAAUAAUUCCAUGUUAUGUUCUACCUAAAAUUAACAUUGGUACAGCUUUUAGAAAAUAAUUCUCAUUUGCCAUCAUUAAAUAUUAUCCAUCAUUUAGAGUGCUUCUUUGGAUCUCCCAAAGCAUUGUGCAUUUAGUUGUUACCCAAAGAUUUUUUUUGAAGAUGUACAGAAAUGUGUGCUAGUUAUCAUGUUUUUGUGUGAUUUGUGACAAUUAUGUUUUUAUAGAGCUAAACUAGUGCCAGGUCACUAUCGUAAGAUGUUAAAAGAUCAAGAAGAUUCCACAGGACUUAGGAAAUGAUAUCAAAUUAGUCACAUUCAGCAAUGGUAGUAGGAACUGGACUCUGCUUCAGCAGCAUCAGAUUUUUGGCUUCAAAGGAGUACCUUUACUUAUGUAUGCUUUAUGGUAAGUAUGUUGAAUUAUACUUUAAAUGUAUUUUACUAUAAAGCAGAAUUCAUUUAUAACACAUGUCUAUCUUGGAUCUAAUCCAAGGUGCUUUUGUUAUUUGUAAUACCAAAAGAUUUUUUUUACAUAGCAUCCCAUAGUCCUGACCCUGAGAAUCGCAUAUGGUACAGAUCUGUUGGCUUUUAAAGUUGUUCAGAACCAGGUUGAGAAGACCUCUGACAAGGUCUCAGUUUUUCAGUACGGUACAUCAUUCCUCCCCUCUAGGAACACUUUGAUAUAAGCCCACAUCGGUUUAAAAAGCGAAAAAGGGUACUAAAUCUGAUUUUUAAAGGUUGGUUGUGGACAGUUGUUCUGAACAUUUUGUUUCAUUAUAAAGGAACGUCUUCAAAAUCUAGACGCUAGUACUAGCUGAAUAUUUUUAAUGCUCCUUUUUAUUUUACAGAAAGUAAUAUUGCUGACAUUUCUAAAAUACAAAAUAUAGGUGAAAUCAUUAAAAAAUAAUGAUACGGCUCUUCCAAUUGCGAUAGGAUUUGGAGAAAGGGUUAGAAUAUUUUCCUGUAAUUAGGAGAGUAUACUAUCCAAAGACUUUUAUUUAAAGAAAGAAGGUAAAGCAGCAGCUUUAGAAUAGCUUCUAACUGAAUAUACAAAAGAAGAACCCUUAGCUAAUUUUUGACCUAAGUGUCAGAAAUUUAGCUUUUCUUCUAAUUUCUUAUUAAGAACAACUGAAAUUAAGAGUCAAAAAUACUGUGGAUUAGAAUAAAAGUUACCAGCCCACAGCCAAAUUCUACUUUGAAACGCAUGUACGUAUUCAAACCUUGUUCAGAUGUCUAUGCUAUAGUAGUUAGAAUUUGAGUAUCAAUUGUUUCAUUGUGUCAGCUAGAAAUGAAUUGCAUUUUGUGCUAAAAUAUUCAUGGAAAUUUUGUGUUAUAUUAAUAUCAGUAAGGAUAUGGUCACUUGAAUUUUCUUUGUAUUCAAGAAUUUUCUACGUGUUAAUGCAUGUUAUAUUUUUAUGUAGGAUUCCAAACCUUCCCUCUAAAUGGGAACCUUCCCACAUUUCAGAGGUCAGAAUUAUAUUAAGAGGAAACACUGAGGUCAUAUCUUUUCACUACGUAGAAAAAAAUCUCAUUAGCUACCCAUUAUUUAUUUUAGUUAUUUAAUUUUGAAUUAAUAACGGACAUUCGAAGGGGAAGUUUGGGUAUGAUCUUAGGUUUUAUAGAGAUACUGUGAUAGAGAUGGAGACUUAUUUUAAGUAUAAAAAAUUAAAGUCAGUGGACAGUGAAGAAAAGUAGGAUCGAUCCAAACACAGUACAUCCAAAUUCUGGCUCUCUACUGGCUGCUUAGAAUGACUCCAGCCUGAGAGACCUUUCCAAGAGUCAAAGCCCAGUUUGAGCCUCGGUCACAGUCGCCACAGUCACUUUUACCACUUGUGUUCACAGUGAACUCAGCCCUUGUCUUCUUUGUCAUUGGGCUUAGUAUCACUGAGAGAUAGGUGACUGAGAACAAAAUAUUGGUAUCAUCAAAGACCCAGAGCUACCCAUUUGCUCUUUAUUCUUAUGGAGAAAUGAUUACCAAUAAAAAUCGGACAUAAGAAAUAGGGUUCUCCUCACCCGCCACCCCAAACAAAUGCCUAGCCUAGACACAGUAAAUACCUCAAUCCUCUGUUCCAGAUAUUCCAGCCUAGCCCAGGGAGAAACGGUCCUGUGCAGGGCAAACCAGUCACCCCAUCCAGAGAUGCCUCAAGCAGCUGAGGCCAGCCUAAGGGUUUCACUUUGCUUUAAAGCUUAGAGUAGCCUCUGGAUCCUGGAACAAACCAAUACACCAGUUAAACCUCAGCACCAAAUCAGAUACAAAGGACUUGACAUGGCAUUUUUCUCCAUAUCAAGUUUAAAUCGCUAGAAAUAGACUUUGGUUGCUAAAGAUAAUCACAAUUAUACCACAGUCUUUGGGAAAAGGUGAAGUGUAUUAAAAUAUAUAUUUAGUUUUUAAAAAGGGUAAAAUAUUACAGAAAUAAUUGAGGAGUGAAGAAUGCAUUAUUCAUUUGAAAAAUAAAAUAUUUUCUCCCGUAAUGUAUGUGGGUUUUAUACAGUUACCCAAUAAAAUGAGCAGAGAAAAAUAAAGAGUAUAUAUACUGUG